AUGCAUCGGCGCCCAAAAACCUCCAACCAAACACCAGUCCAAGCCAUCCAAAUUCGACUUUUUCCUGUUGACAGCGCACACAAAUUUUUCUUCGAAUCCCACGAUUCCAAGCCGGCCACGAAGACCGGACUCCCGUCGACUACCGUGGAUCGGCCUCACCAGCCCGCUAGCCCCCGCUGUUGCUAUUCUGCCCGUCAGCUUCAUCCGCUCUCAUUCGUGCCCAACGGCGCAGCGCAGCAGCAAGCAGAGCCCACUUUGUUGACAAUCCUGAGGGACGCUCGCUCCUCCUUUGCCUCGUCUUCACCGUCCCGGAACGAUUGGACAGAACUCGACCUGCUUGCAACUGCCAGCUAA